AUCGACGGGUUGAAUAUGUUUCGAGACAGUAGCGAUUCGCUGGGAACGAGAUCGCUGCUCGGACUCGAUCAGUCGUCCCCGUCAUUAUCGGUUUGCUCCACAACCGCAGAGCUGCGAAAAAGCGCGUCCGGUCGCGUCUCAAGCUAUGAAAAGCUUCCGGUCUCGCUUUCUGACGUGCCAUUUUUUGACGACGACGGAGAUGAUGGAGACCAUGAGUUCCAAUGUACGUUGGCCAUCAUAAAACCGGAAGUCGCCCAAUUGAUGUACAAGGUGGAGUGUAUAAUGGCGCAAAAUGGAUUUAUCAUCAAAACGAAAGAAGUGUUACGCUUGUCCCGAGAUCAGGCAGCGGAAUUCUACGAAGAACAGGCGCUGGCUCCAUACUUCACCAAGCUUGUCGACCACAUGUCCGGGACCCCGAUAGUGGUGUACGUGUUGUCCAAAAAAAAUUGCGUCGAAGAAUGGCUGAGGCUGAUCGGUCCGGCGAACGUUUCUCGCGCUAAACGUUUGUUUCCAGUCAGUCUGCGAGCCAUUUACGGAACGGAGCAGGGACCGAACCCGGUAGCCAACGCGUUCCACGGCAGCGGUUCUCCGGCCGAGGCCGAACGAGAAAUAAAAUUCUUUUUCCCAAACAGCAAAGUGGAUUCGACCACUGAUGGCGGGGACGACGAGGUGGUGCAGUACAUAAAGGAUGCCAUGAUGCCAACGAUUUCCGAAGGUCUGUCGAAAAUGUUCAACAUUCAACCCCAAGACCCGUUGAGGUGGUUUGGAAAUUGGUUGUUAACCAGGGAUAAAUGA